AUGUUCCCCGAACUUCAGACCUUCGUCCCUGACGCGGAGAUCCAUACUCUCACCCAGAAGCAGCCUCCCAAGUUCGGGCAUGCACUUAAGGAGUACUUCGCUCUCGAUCCCGACUACGUGAACCUCAACCAUGGCUCCUACGGCUCGUGCCCCUCCUCCGUCAUGGAGUUCGCCUUCGACCUCGGCCGCAAGAUCGAGCGCAACCCCGACUACUUCGACCGCGUCGCCGUCAAGCCCAUGCUUGCGAAGAUCCGCGAGCAGCUCGCGGACUUCAUCGGCGUGAAGUCGAGCGAGGUCGUCAUUGUGCACAACGCAUCGCAUGGCGUCAACACCGUCCUAUGGAACAUCGAGUGGGCUCCGGAGGAUACCAUCGUGAUCACUAGCACCACCUACUACGCCGUCGACGCCGCCGUGAAGUUCAUCCACGACAAAGCGCCGCACCCCAGCAUCUCCCACUUCCCCCUCCUCCACCCCACUACAAAGGAGGACAUCCUCCGCGCCUGGGAGGCCCACAUGCAGGCGCUCGCCAACUCUAAACGCGCGUCGUCCGACUCUGAUCCCAACGCCAAAUCCACCACUCCCGGCAAAAUCGUCGCUAUCAUCGACACCAUCUCCUCCAACCCGGGCAUCCUCAACCCUUGGGUCAACAUGGUCAAGAUCGCGAAGCGCUAUGGCGCCCUCGCCGUCGUCGACGGCGCGCACUCGCUCGGGCAGGAGGUGGAUCUGAAGGAUAAACUCAGGGAGGCGGAUCCGGAUUUCUUCGUGUCGAAUGCGCACAAGUGGCUGUAUGCGAAGAGGGGCGCGGCGGUGUUUUAUGUGCCGGAGAGGAACCAAGGCAUAGUGAAGGCGUCUUUCCCGGUCUCGCCGUACUAUGUGUCGCCGAAGGAUAGGCAGUCGCCCUCAGACAACUUCGUCGUACAACACAACAUGACCGCCACCAUCGACUGGUCGAACUUCUUCACCAUCCCUGCGGCCCUUCAAUUCCGCGCCUGGCUCGGCGGCGAAGCCGCCAUCAACGCCUACACGCACAAGCUCGCCCUCGAGGGCGGCAAGCGCAUCGCGGAGAUCCUCCAGACCGAGAUGAUGUACCCCGACGAGGACAGCGGGAUGGAGCUCUCGAUGGUCAACGUCGCGUUGCCGCUGCCGGCCUGCGGGAAGGUCAUCGGUCCUGGCGCUGGCGGUGAGAUCAGCAAGGAAGAGUACGCGUUCCAGAUGAAGGUGCAGGGCCUGAUCCAGCGCAAGCUGUUGGAAGAACGGAAUUUGGGGCCGACGAGGUACUAUCAUAAUGGGCGGUUGUGGCUGAGGGUGAGCGGGCAAGUGUGGUUGGAGAUGGAGGACUUUGAGAAGGUCGGAUGGGGCGUGAAGGAGGUUUGCGAGGAGGUCAUCGAGGAGCUGCAGCUGGAGAAGUUAGUACCGGUAAAGAACCAAUGAGACUAUCAGUGUAUUUAUUAGCUGAACAACGCAAUGAGAACGCGGGUUCUCGCGCACACAUCUCGCGCCUCAGUCACGCGGCCCAG